UGGCUCGGAAAGCCCUCGGGAAUGCAUAGAGUGACAGGGAUAUAAAGACAUCUCAUUAUCAAAUAUUGCAAGAACUUGAAACAGAGGUUGGCAAAUACAGUUCUCAGUGGGGGGCAGGGUGAGUGGUUUAAUUGCAGUCCCUACAAACCCAGGUGGAGAUAAGGAAUGCUGGGAGUUGUAGUCAAACCAUUCCCAGUCCUGCCUGAAGCAUGCCUGUAAGCAAUCCCUGUGUUGCUCAAAGGGAAGGAAGGCCUCCUCUCCUGGAAAGAAGAACAUUCCUGACCCAGGAACAAGAAUCCCAGUGUGAGCCAGUGGUCUUUUCCUGAACCAUUUGCAGCUGUUGCAACUCUUGGUUUGAGGAGCCCUACACAGAAAGGGACAGCACCCCUGAGCAUGUGCAGAGUGCAGGCGAGGGAAGAGCUCCCAUCCUCCCCCAGCAGCAUAGCCCACCAGGACCUGGAGGCCGGCAACCAGACCCCGCAAGGAACCAGAGCCAUUUCUUUCUAUCAGCCUUGCUUGAGUUUGACAUGGGGUGAUGGGAGUUGGAGUCCUGCUGCUGCCUCCUCAGCCUGCUGGAAGGGAAGCUGAUUGGGCCAGAAUGCCCAGCACCUGGGUCAGACUGGGAAGCAGAAAGGGCCAAGGCACAGCUGGGGCAGAGAGCCUGACUUCUUCCAGGGCUUAAAGGAGAAAAGAAGGAAGGAAGGAAGGAAAGCAGGAAGGACCAAGAUGGAGUCUGGUGUGAUGGGCCUGGUGGGCCUGGCCUGCAGCCUGGCGCUCGCUGUGGCUCAGAGAGUGCCCUCCACCUCGGUGCUGUAUGAGUGCAACCAGACCAGCGUCCACCUUGUGCUUCCAAUGGACCCAUGGGGCACCGGGAUGGAGCUGGACCCCCAGGACCUGCGCCUGGGCACCUGUCCCCCGUCCUCCGCCAACGCCCAGCAGCGCCUCUUCCACUUUGAGUACCGCCUGACUGAGUGUGGCUUUGCUCGGCUGAGGUCUGUCAAGAUGGUGGAGUACUCCGCCUACCUGGUCCACAGCCCCCUGUACAGCCAGAGCGGACUCUAUAACCGCCCGUUCACAGAGCGGAUCAACUGCACCCGUUACGGGUCCGAGCCAUGGGUUCCAGCACAGGUGACAUCGGUGAAGGGCCAGCUCUUGGCAUCCGGUGGGCUGGUGUUCACGGCAACGUUCAUGAAAGAGGACUUCCGUGCCCCCUCCGCCUCGGCAGCCUUCCUCCUAGGCUCACAGAUCCACCUGGAGUUUGGGGUGAAGGCCUCCUUCCACCAGCCCUUGAGGGUCUUUGUUGACGAAUGUGUGGCAGCGACAUCUCCAGAACUGAGCCGGUCCCUCAGGAAUUAUACCGUUAUUGCCAACUAUGGGUGCUUUGUGGACGGCAAGGGGGCCGAUUCACAGUUUCUCCCAAGAAGAACCCCUGGAACCCUCCGCCUCUCUUUGCAAGCCUUUGAAUUUCUUGGCCUUCACAAUGAUGUCUACCUCCAUUGCCGGAUUUCAGCCUGGGACCCCAACAUCCUCGCUCACCCCACCAGGAAAGCGUGUUCCUUUCAUCGGGACCUCAAGCGGUGGGAACUCUUGGAUGAUCUCAACAGUCCCUUCUGCCAAUGCUGUGACUCAGUGUGCCAACCGCCCAGCUUUCGGCACAAGCGGGGCCUCAAAGGUUCUCCAAGGUUGGCAUCCGAGAUGGGGGUGGGCCAAGUGACCGUUCGGAGACGGUCUCCGAACGCCGGGCAUUACGAGUGGGUUGCCAACAGCUCCUUUGCCCUCCGGAGGAGACCCAAAGGCCAGGUGUGAUGCCGCCGUCCGUCGGGGAAAUGGCCACUUCACCCCUCCUCUUAUUGGGCUCCUGCUUCUACAAAACAAGGCCUGGGCAACUGGAGAAGCAACGGCCACGGACUAUCCAAGCCAAGGGGAAUGUCCCCCAAAAUCCUCAUAAUAAAGCCCUGAAACAUGA